AUGUCGCUGGGCUAUGCGGAGAAGCUCUCCUACAAGGAGGAUGUCGGAACCGUCGGGAUGUCCGAGAUUUUCGACUCGUCCGUUGUCUUGCAGCAGAAGGUUUGGAGUUGUGGGAAAUUCCCUCGUUUGGCUUGUGUCUCUCCCUCCGCUUGUAUUUCUGGUUCUUUUGUUCCGGUUCAUCCUCCUCUUGGCCGUUUACCUUCAUCGGCAAUCCCUCUUGUUUGCAUCGGCUGUAGCAUCCGGCGAGGGUAAUGACGAGGAACUACCUUGAAUCCGUCUAGCAAUUUAUCAGUUUCGCAGAACGCAUGUUGAACUGUUUACUCGCUUCUGUUUGGGGCAAUGUUGUUGGUUACACAACAAGGAAUAUAUUUGUAACCAUAAUGAAGGAUCUUUCCUUUUCGUUCGUGGUUGCAAUUUUCCGAUGGAUAGCAUGUAUAUCUUUCACUGUUUGCCAGACUAGACAAUCUAGAUAGGCAAUCUAGAUAGGAGUGCGUCUUUUUUGGCUCGAGUUUUACGAUCAAUCUGUUGCCGUAUUGACUGUCACAAAUCACUUUGUCAAGCCAGGUGAAAAUUUAAUUUUAUUAUAGUCGUUGAGAUUUCAGCAUUCUGUUAUUGCCAAUUUCGGUUUGUACAGUUUUGGUGAUAUGAUUGGUAUUUAGCUUAAAUUUAGUCUCUGAUAGGUUUUUUUUCCCCUGCUCAAUCAUAUUAACAGUUGUAACUACCAUAUUUUGGAAGGGGAAUGACUAUGAACGAAAUUGUCAUCCAAGGUAUUAGAAUAAUACGUAUUUUUGUCUGAGAAAAGUUAGAAAAAUAGCUGUCUUAGUGCAUGUAAUUACCAAAUUAUUGGCGCUUUUAUACUGUCCUCAGUCUACCAAAUAGGAAAUUUUAACGUUGUGAACAGAGUUGUACUGAACUAUUUUCAACUACGUCUACCGGCUGAAGCUUAAGCAAAAAAGCAAUUUGAUAUCUCCUUUACCCAAACACAUUUUCUGGCCAAUUAACCAGCUUCUGUUAUCAAAAACAUAGUACAAGUAUACAUUGUGGAAGGUGGAACGUUAUUAAUCUUUAAUCACAACCUCACGUUUAUUUUACAUUGGAUUUAUUUAAUAUCGGUGAAAGUGGCUUUCUACAAUAAUAUCUAACUCUUUUUGGUUUUUAACUUUAUAAAUACAGGUUGAAGAGCUUGCCCUUUUGAUAAAGAAGGUUAGGACAUGAAUCUUGGUCUACCCAACUGAUUUAUGUUGCUCAAUGAUGUAUAAACAUGUCUGGGUCGAGGGAUGCAUUUACUUUUCGUAUCCAUUUUAAGUUCAGUUUGAUCCAUCCUUGGUUGCAGAGCAAACACCUGGUAGUAUUCACCGGGGCAGGGAUAUCAACUUCUUGUGGUAUACCUGAUUUUCGAGGUCCGAAGGGGAUCUGGACACUUCAGGUAAUCCAUACAACACAUGCAUGUGCUUUUAGAUUUUUGAUAAUAAAGAAAAAAGAUCAUUUUGAACUAAAAAUUCUGAUCCGAAUGGGCUGAACUUUCUUUUAUGAAGAUGAAGGUUACCUCAAUAUUGUCCAGAUUGUUAAGAAAUUUGUAAGGCACAGUAUGUUGUUAUAUUUGUCAUUCCUGUUAUUGUUAAGAUCUUUGUAUAUGUUUAAGGUAUGACAAAUAAUAAUUUAUUACUCUUAUCAUUGUUGUUGCUAGUGCCUGCAUUCUCAUUAUUUUUUGGUUGACUGGUAUACAUGCUGUUUAAAAAAAUGAUCUGUUGGCCCAAAUCUCUUUCAAAUUACCACCAUACUCGAGGGGACGAAAAUUUAGAGGGUGAUCUCUGUUUGCCACACAUUGGAACACUGUCUUAAUGGAUGGCCGAGAGGCAUGACCGAUCGUCUCUGAAUGUGUAACCUUGCAGCUUCCAUUUGGGAAGAGAACCCAACUGAAGAACUUUACCAGUGUGUACGCUUUUUUAGAUAAAUAGUAUCAAUGGAUUAUUUAUUUUUUACAUCUGAUGACAGAUUAAAGUCAUAUUUCUCGUAUUUCUCUACUUAGUACAAUGGAAAAGGAUGCUGGAUACCUCAGGUUGUUUUCGUGUUCUGUGUAGCGAGAAGGCAAGGAUUUACCCAAAGCAUCCCUUCCAUUUCAUCGUGCAAUGCCAAGUCUUACUCACAUGGCUUUGGUCGAACUGGAGAGGGCUGGUAUCUUGAAGUUUCUUAUUAGCCAGGUAGCACCCGCAUUUUAGCUGAAAUAUCGUUAUUUUUCCUUUUGUAGCUUCUGAGUGUUUUUUAUCCUGCGGAGCAUUGCAUCUGACAGCCUUUUUUCCACUGAAGGUUGCAAUUUGAUAAUGCAUAAUAUAAUUGUCACCCUAUAUUCGGUUUAAACAAUCAAAACUAUAUGCUCAUAUUGAAUCCGUGUGAACACAAUGUUACUUAGGAAGGAGAGUAUCAUCAUUAUUUCUAAGGAAUUGAUGCCUUUUAGAAAAAAAAUUACAUCCAUAAAAAAGGAUAAUAAUACCGUUGUACCUGCUCUCAUCCUAUUUUUUGAUGAUUCGCAAGGCUUUGAAAGAUACGCAGUAGUUUUAUAUUUUGGACAGAUUCUAAGUAAUUUGAAAAAUUCUCUGACAAUGUCAACACCGAGUCAGUCUUGUAUUCACAGGUUUUAACCAUGGGAAAUGACACAACAUAAUGGGUUCAGAUUAAGAGUAAAGAAAAGAAGUUGCUUACAGUAUGCAAGAUGUCCAUAGUUCAUGUCUCUCAUCUGGAACAGGAUACAUUUAGUGUUCAUUGUAUACACUUGAAACAGGCCAAUUGUCUUUUCCUGUAGUUUACUAAACAUAAUCCCAUGUGCGUUCUAUAUUGAAAUAUCUUAGAAUCUCUAAUAUUAGUAUUUGUUGACGGUAGAUUCUCUGAUCUUUCAUCCAACAGCCAGUUUUGUUCCUGAUAGAUCCUAAGUCAGGGAAAAUUGUGACUGAACUUUUUAAUGAUGGAAAAUACUCAUAUGGUAAUUAAUUAUUAUCAAAUCCAAUUAUCUUCUACGUUUUAGAAAAAAAAAUGGUGUUUGUAGACAGAACUAUCAGUUAAGGGCUAUACUUGUCCUAAUUUCAUUUCCAUAGCAUGGUUGAGUUCUUCACAGAUCAACGAGGAUGAAAAUUUGAAGUUUCAUUUGUGGUUGCAACUUAAAGAUACAUGUAGUUCAGUAAUUUGAAUCGUCAGCGACUAAGUUGUCAACUGAUAAAUCGCUUACUUCAUUAUUUUAUUGUGCUCCUGGUAUCACUUAUAAACUAGUUUUAUCAUGCUGGUUUUCCUGUUUGUUGCUUUCCUUAAAUGUAACAAGCAUAUCCAUUUAAUCUUGACCAAGGUGGCUGAAGUCGAGCUGCAGUGCCAAUAUGAAUGUUAGUUUACUGACCAUCAUCGGUAUAGUGUUAUUUAGAGGUUUCCCUGAAAAGUACCUGUUUAGGAUUGAGUGGUAGGCGUAUAUAAACAAAAAAUACUAUGAUAUUUUAGCAUUUCAUGAAGGAUUUGCAACAAUUUUGGAUGUUUAGGGUAAAAUUAUAUCGUUUCCCUUUAUUUUGGUGUAUCAGUUGAGUUUAUAUCAUUUUUUCAUUUAUUUCUUCGCAUGAAAGCUUUGUUGAAAGUACUGUGGUUAAAUUCAUGAUCAUUAUACGAGUAACAAGUAUUUCCUCAUUAUUGCUAGUUCUGCAGGAGAUGAAAAGGAAAAUCCUCUUUCAAAUGUUGUGCACGAUUUCAACAUUGCUAAUGAGUUGAAUAAUGUGGCAUGAUUUAAAUGAAUUUUAAUUCGCUCGGGCCUCAGUCAAAUUUGUUCUAUAUUAUCGUAACUUGGGCAACAGCUGUGCAUAUUGUUAGGGAAGUAUUUGGAAAGUUCAUGAGACUACCUGUUUUCAAAUUCCUUUUGACAGAAUGUGGACAGUCUCCAUCUUCGAUCUGGAAUACCACGGGAGAAACUUGCAGAACUGCAUGGAAAUUCUUUCAGGGAGAUUUGUCCGUCUUGUGGAUUAGAGUAUGUCUUCUUUCUUAAUAAUGUACCAUAGAUGUGGAUGUGGUUAUGGGGUUGCAAAAACAUUUAGAGAAAAUUUGAUCAAAAUGAAGGGCUUUCUAGGAUUUUUUUGUUUAUUUUAGAUGGAGGAAACAGCUCUUGAAAGUAGAAGAUCAAUGGAAUUAUCAUUUGGGCCAAAUUAGAUGCAAAGCUUUUUGUCAAAUGGUUUCUGAUAUUUUUCAGUUCUGUCUACUGCAUGAUGUAAUCCGUUGUUAAAUUUAUUCCAUCAGUCAAUACAACUCUUUUAUUCAUUUGUGAAGGUAUAUUCGUGAUUUUGAGAUUGAGACUAUUGGAAUGAAGGAAACAUCACGCUACUGUUCAGACUCGAAGUGUGGAGCAAAGCUCAUAGACACAGUUCUUGACUGGGAGGUAGAACAAUUCCCGAUUAACCAAAGUGUUUUACUUGGAAGCUUUUGGUAUUUGCUUGUUAUCUGCAGUAUUUUAUGUGCUUUCCUUGGCAUAGAUAUCUGUUAAAAAGGUGUUUUGAGGCUUCGAAAUCACUUUUACCUUAUAAUGCCGGAACUUUACUAGAGGUGUUGAUCACUGCGUUGGCUUUAUAGUGUUGUCCAUUUCUCAAUCCGAUACGCCCAAGUAAGGUUCACAUAAGUGUUCAUACCAAUUUUUUAUGUUUGGCACUAAGCACUGUUAUGUUGCACAUUGAAUUAGAAUCGAAUAGACAUGGGUAGGUAUUUCCAUUUAUUCAACUUUGUGUUUUCCACUGAAGUACCUCUCGGUUAGAAUAAUUGGGGCAUCCAUCGCUCUUACAUUUUAUAUAUUAUUCAGAUAUAAUCAAUCAAGAAAUAUCGCAAACUUCACUGUGAAAGCUUCACUGCUAGGUCUUCAUUUCUCAUUCUCUCAUUGCUUUGUUUGAUCUCUUAAUGUAGAAAUAUAUAAACGUCUUUUCAGUUUGAGCCUUUUCCUUUGGAUAGUAACACAGUUUAUAGGAAAAGAAAGGGGACGCAUAAGUGCUAUAUCCACAUGUCUAAUUACUCUCCACCAAAAUUAACUGAUGUCAAGGCACCAAAAUGUUCUUUACACUUUCUAUCAACAUCUUGGCAGCCAUGCAGAGGUUAUUGAAUAAAAAAUAGCCUGUUGUUUUCGUCCUAUAAUUGACCUAUCAUAUCUUGUACCACAAAUGGUUCAUGAGUGGCACAGUUUUCAUCCACCUAGUUUUGAGCAUUAUGUUGCCAAGUUAGUAGCAACUUAUGGAAUAGAUUUUCCUUUCAUCGAAUAGCUUUAUAUUAUUACAUGUUGAAAUAAUUGGUAUGUAGAAUCGUGGUUCAUAGGCUGUGUCAUCUGGCUCCUUACCUCAUCAUUUGAUGCUAUCAGGUGGAUGGAUUUUGCUGAAAGUUAACCCGUCCUUUUUUAUUCCUGUUUCAAUCAGUUUUAUAUUGUCAUUGUGUUGGAAAUUUCUGGUGUGGUUGUUGUGAAAAUGCACGGCUGGUCUUUCUCCAUCAUAGUCCAUGCCAUUGGAUGCCACGGCAGUGAAAAAUUCUGUUUGAUGCUCAGGCGAGUUAUGUCUUAGAACAUGCCAUUGGACGUAUGCAAGUGCUAACCGUCCUGCUUAUCUGAUGUGUACAUGAUGUAUCUCACAGUUUUUAUGUCCUAUUAAGCUCAUGAAAGUGGUUUGUUCGGAUAAUAGCUUGUUAUGUGUCUUUUUUUAGGAUCACAAUUUUUGUUUGUUUUGCUACUUACAGGAUGCUUUGCCGCCUAAAGAGAUGAAUGCUGCAGAGAAACACUGCAAAAUAGCAGAUGUCGUACUCUGUUUGGGAACCAGGUAUGUUAAUUGUUGAAAUUUAAUGAACGACUUCCUUUCUUUAAGAAUCCUCGGUUUUGAAAUUUCAUACCCGGUCUAAUUUACAUUGGAGGAAUGAAUGAGUUUUGUAAUGAACUAUCAUGAAUUUUUUAUUAGUUCCCAUGUAUGAAUUUCUUUCAUUAACUGAACUUAUGGAAGGUAUCCCUUACGAUAUUUAUCUAGAUCUACAUCCAAGUUUGAUCUAUAUGCUUGUAUGAAAUGAUCUUUUGAUAGCUAAUAUCCUUCCUUCGCUGAAGUCAGCAAUCUGAUUCCUAAAUUUAAUCGCAUGAAUCUUUCUUGAAAGUAUUGUUUACUUCAAUUCUUUUUUCAGCAUAUGGUUGCCCAUCAUUAUGAGGGGACAUCGCUCAUUUUGGUAAAAGAUUCUCUCGUACUUAGAAUAAAGCUUGCAUCCCUGUCCGUCAAGCAUUUUGAGUAGUGUAUCGCAUCGUUCCUGUUUCUGUCUCAGAUUUCAUACACUGAAAAGAUAGAGAAACGCUGAAUGGAACUUGAAGGGUCGUGUUUGUCAAGGGCCAUACAGGCAGGGUGGAUUACCUUCUGGAGAAAGAUCAAAGGUAGGGUUGGGAAGUAAGGAGACAGUUUGAGCUUGAGGAUGUCUCUUCUUGACAGGCCUACUUUUCUUUGAUCAAGGUAGGCUUGGGGAGGUGAUCUGAAUCACAAUUGAUAUGCUGCGGGGUUGAUGUGUUGACUGUAAUGAACUUGGAAGGAUAUGAAAUAGAUCAGGUAGGGGAUCCAUUUAUGAUGUGGAUGGGAUCAACAGUCUGAUAUAUUUCCUUCAGUGGUACGAGACCUGCAUCUGCAGCGGGGACCAGUUCAUGCACUAAUGAACAGAAUAAUGAGUUCAAAACCCGUACAUGGCUUUGUGGAACAAGAACCCGAACUUGUCUCAGACCGUAGGAAUUAUUUAUCAAUAAAAAUCUUUAAUACAAGUCUGGUUUUUAAGACGAGGCCAAAUAUGUUACAUGGUUUAAAUGAGAAGUCUGUGGCCACAACGCCUUAGAUGUCAAGUGGAUCCAAACAUAUAUUAAUCAGCACAACAAUCAAAUAUCAAAAAGAAAGGAACGUCAACAUGCUUACAACCAACUUAGAAAAGUUCAUUGAUAAAGCAACAGUAGGCUUCUUAGAAGGUCAUCUUCAAGAAACAGUUUCCAGGAUUAAAUUUUAGCUAAUUGAGGGAGCUAUAGUUGGUUUUUGUACGCUCUCCAAAGUAACUAUACUUGGGAAUACUGCUAGUUUUCCCGACUUAUUUGAAUUUAGCUCCCAAAAAAGUGCUUUGUAGCUCCUUUACAAAAAGUGUCUUCACCAUACUGCAAACUUGAACAACAUAAAACGAAAAAAAUAGCAACUUAGACGACAUCUGAUAAUUUAAAAUUUCAUUUUGACACUAAGCAUCACUUCAUUCUCAACUUAAAGGUCUCGUAUAUCUCCCACACAGUGUGGAUCAAUCAGUUGCAAAUAGUUCUUCUUUUAUUUUAUUGUUCAUUUUUUACAAGUUAUUUUGCUGCUUAUAAGAGUUCUGGUGUCAACCCCUGAAGGGUAGUGAUAUUUCAUCUUGAAUAGUUGUAUACAGCUGCUGAUCCUUCCCAACAUGUGUCAACACCAAUUCUGUUACAUCACCCUUUUGAUUGAACAAUAGGAUUCGGAAGUAUCAGCCUUUUCAUUGGGUGAUAACUAUUUCUGGCUUCUCCCUUCGGGGAUUGAUUACUUAGUCAUUACAUUUUAUUGUGCAUUAAUGUACUGUCCGCAUUCUUGGGUUAAAAGUGGAAUGGCGUUUAGUUGCUUAGGCUUUUUAUUGCGUCCAGUUUACAGAUUACUCCUGCUUGCAACUUGCCUUUGAAGUCCAUUCGCGGUGGAGGGAAGGUUGUAAUCGUGAACCUUCAGGUACACUAUUCUUGCUUCACUUUAAUUCUUUUUACAAUUUGAAGCAUAUCAUUUCGCUUUCAAGACUCGUUUAUUUUAUAUUUUCUUCGACCAAAUUGCUGAAGGUCCUUUGACCACUGUGGACAGGCAUUCAAUGUAUAUUACUUCAUUCUUUUUUGUUUCUUUAAAAUUAUUUAUUACGUUUUGAACUUAAAAAAUUUAGUUUACUUUGCGGAUGAAAAAAUCGGUAGCUCGUUGGUCAUAUAGAAUGUUGCUCUGUUAAAUCUCUAAAAGUUUUGGUCACACUGUUGGUGCACAAGCCCCGUGUCUUUUUAGAACUAUGUUUGGCUCGUGUCUGGUAAAAUGCUUUGUUCCUUUUCCAGAGCAUCCCUGAAUAUUCAUGCAAAUGCUGCUUCGUUACAUAACUUUUGGUGACACCAUUUCUUUGAUGACUUGGCUUCCCAACAUCCCUAACCACUUCUAUGCUUAACAAAUCAUAAUGUGUCAUUGAUGUUAGAUCAAGAAAGCUUUAUAAUUUCAAUGAUAAUACUGUAUAUGGUCAUUUUAUGGUUUAUGGGAGUUUCUUCUUAAUUCCCUUUUGGUUGAUGUUUCAGCCAACCCCAAAGGACAAAAAAGCAACUUUGGUGAUCCACGGGUUCGUUGAUAAGGUAGGUAUUUAUUACUGGAUCAUCCUUUUUGAAAUUAAUUUUUCUUAUGAUGAUGUUUCUUAUUUUUCAUACACAAUCCAUGGAAUGGAUUGCAAAUUAUGGAUCUUCAUGGGUAAAUCCAUUAUAUGGUUUUUGAUGAAUAGUCCCUCACAGAUACCUUUAAGCAGCCUUGAAUUAUGCGUCCUUUCUUUUCAUUAGCAAUCGGACUAUGCCAUAUGAGAAAUUUUUAUCAUUUUAAAUGUUACUAGCUUGUAAAUCCAUUAGUAUUGUUUUCUAUCAUUAAUCCCUCACAUAUACCUUCAGUGACGUUGGAUUGAGCGUCAUUUUUUAUCAUUAGCAGAUGAAUUCUGGUACAUUCCAAUUUUUAUCAUUUAAAAUGUUUGCCUGUUUGUAUCUAUUGUGCCUAUGUAGUAGUUUUUUUUUUGCAACUUUCAAAGAUCAUUAGGUUUUAUAUAUUAUUAAUUUGGUAUGUCUACGCGCAUUUUCUUUUAAUAAGAAUUGUAAAUAUUACAAACCAAAUAGUUUGUAAAGAGUUAUAUCAAUGUUAAUGAUUUUUUUAUAAAAUCGUAGUUCUUUGAUUAUGUGUUAGCAUGUUGUGCAUACUUUAUGUUCAUGAAUAGUACAACAGAUACGACAAGCAUUUUGAAUUUGAAAUAGUCAGAGCUCCAUUCAACAGUUCUCUAGUUGGACCAAUUUUUGGCGAGAUCAGGGCAUUCAUUUGUUGAAAUAUCUAGUGUGUUCUGUAAAGCAUGAAUGCAAUUCGACUUUGUCUUCACCCUUCAAUAUCACUUCUCAUUUGUAAAGUUGGUGAUACGUCAGAUUGAUAGUAGACAUACAUCACAACUCAAUCAUCGUAAUAAAUAACUUACACUAUAAUUAUAAAAAAGCACCUUUAAAUCAAGUGUGUGGUGUAUCAGGCUUGUUUUAAGAUUAUUCAAAUUUUUCCAAAAUUUGAAAUACAUUGCAGUUGACAACUUUUUAUCAUCAUUAAAUACCGUUUUCUACAAUAAUCACAGUUUUAUGUCAACGAUGGUGCUGUAUUCCGUGUGUUGCUUGUGCAGAGUGCUUUUCUUUUCAUUUCGCAUUUAUUUUUGGCCUAAUUCUUUACUGGUGACUACUUGCACAGGUAAUUGCCGGUUUGAUGAAAAGUCUUAAUCUACAGAUACCGCCAUAUGUUAGAAUUGAUCUGAUCCAGCUUGCCCUUUCUCAAUCCCCCAAAAGUAAGCUUGUUAUCUCCUGCAGUUUACAAAUCUCUUGCAGUUUACUUUUUUCCUUACCAAAAAAAACAUUUUCUUGCUAUCAAGUGAUAAUUUUUAUGUUUGCAUUGGUGUCUAUUUUUAGUCAGAUUUUGCAUCCAAAAAAUGUAUUUUAACUUUUUAUGUACUCUUUGUUCAAUUUCAAACUUUUCUGAUGAGGGUUCUUUACAUAUUCAUGAUCUGUUUAACAAUGAUUUAUCGAGUUCUUGGAUUUUCAAAAAAUGUCUGAUGUGAUCUUCUACCUUGCGUUGGAGUGGUGAAGGAGAUUCAACAAUGGCUUUUUGCUUAUCUUAUUCUCCUCAAUUGUUUAAAUUUGGAUAUGAGUCGUCCACAACGCUGACAACUUUUGAUGAUGACGAUAGCGGUGCGAAUUACAUUCUUUGAGACUUUUGUAAUCUUUUUAAGUUGUAAAGAUCUGUGCACCUGAAAGAGUGCUUUAGGUUAGUACCUGGUUAACAUAUGAUAGACUUACUAAUAUUUCAUGGAUGACAUUAUAUUGAGAACAUAAAAAUUGAACGGUUGAUGGACAAAUCGGUUUUCUCUGUCUUACAUUACUUUGGCUUCAUGAUCCAGGGAACCUAUAUGUAUGUUGGACACUGAGGAUUUCUAGCAUCCAUGGUCAGAAAGCUCCAUUACCAUUCAUAAAAUCUGUGGAGGUAUGAAUCUCAUUUACCCUUCUUUGAUUUUGUCUUGAAAUUCAUUGAAGAAGGUUUCUGUUAUCUUACGGAUUUAUUUAAGGAUUGAGAAACAGAAGAAUUGGAUGAAAAACUUUUUAGGUUAAUGAAUAUGAGUUCUGGUUUACUUAGGUAUAUCUUCUCUUUGUAUCGAAUGUUUACUGAACAAGUUUAUGAAUGUGAUCUACCGAACCGUUCCUAAGAUGCUAUCAAGGCGAACGAACUGGCUUUAGCAAGACUGAAACCUAUAGUCGUAGUUUGCAGACAUUAGCCAGCUUUGAUCGUUUUUUUAGCUUCUGCUCCAGUACUCUUUUUAGCUCUCUAGCUCUCUGCUGGAGUUGCUCACAAUAAAAUGGAUACUACCUGUUUAGCUCUCUAGCUCAGAGCCCACUCAGUUGGGUCGCUACCUUUAUUGAGCUACACAUGGAAACGCUUUGCUACUCUCUGUGGCUCUAGUGGGCGGGACCAUUUAGAAAAUUUCUUUCUACUUGUUAUUUUCCUUCAUUAGUGGUUAGGGUUCAUCUGCAAAUGAGCUACUAGUCAUGGUAGUCAGUGGGACAUGACCCAUUCUAGUUAGUGGCCAGGAACUAAUUCGAGAAUGAUUACCCAAGACAUCUAUCGAGAUGAGGGCAAGGUAGCACUGUGCCACUAAUUUCUCAAUUUAUUGAAUCUACGCAUCGAAUUCUCUUCUCAUCCGUGUAAGAAAAUGAUACUCUUCCGUGGAGCUGUGCCCACAAGAAACAGAAUCAUGCCCUUCAAUGGGGGAUUAAUUAGACUGAGAUGAGUUCGAGCAUCAAAGAUUUGGUUUCCCUGGGCAUUUAAGUGCACGAAGAUGAGGGAGCAGCUUCUUUUGAUCAGUUCACAGAAGCUCAACAAGAGCAUGGCCAGGAGAUGUUCCUGCCCCUUCCUACCAAGAAAAAUUACUCCUUUUUCCCCUUUUAGGUGCAGAAUGAUGAUUUUUAUUAUUAUUUUUGGCCUAGAUAAUCUGGGUCUUUUACGCUUCUUCUGGAAUCUCUUAUUUAGUUAUCGAUUUUGCUGACAUGUGAACUGUGUAAUGUAAAGAGUAUCAUCAACAGGAAAUCCCCCACCAUUUAUAGCGAACCAUGCAGAUCUGACGUGGCUUUCCCUUCUUCAGCUGAUUUUCCAUUUUGUGAUAUUUUCUGACGUGGAUUUUCUCUUUCCGCUCCUCAGGUCUCUUUCCCUGACAGGCCGGAUUUAAAGACUGCCCUUUUAGACGAGCAGCCAUUUUCUCUGAGGAGGUAUUCCGAACAGUACAUGAAUAUAAAAAACAGAUAAACCCUGUGAAAAAAAAUAUAGAAAAAUCCACUGUACUGGUAUUUAUUUUUUAUUAUUUUCCUUUUUUUCUUGCUAUUCCUCCAGGAAGACGAAGGCCAGAUCAUUUAACAUAAUGUUGAAGUUCAACCUCAUCGAAGGCUGUGGUUGUCCAUUCAUCAUAAUCGAAUGGGCCGUUGACUUCCAGGUAGACAAUUCCCUCUAUUACGCAGCGCAUCUUCAUUUAUUUGUCCCAGAUUUCUUUAAAAAGUAUCAAAGUCAACUCCCCACCGGAUUAUCUCCUAAUUGAUAUUAUCUAAUCUUUGGUGGGUCAAACCCAUCGGACUGUUCUUGAUUCACUGUGACCGUGUCCUCGCCGAGACCAACGACGAGAAGAAAUAGUAAUCAUCCUGUUUGCCCGUGCAGGUUUCAAGCAAGAGCUUCGACAGCGACGAGGAUCUGAUUAUCCAGAACCUCCGGGCCUCUGCGAUCGAAGAUCGAUCAUGUGGGCAGCAUGCGACCGUCAAGCGGAGAUCCCUCCUCAGAUCUGAACUCCGUGUGGACGCAAUGGUCACCAAUAUCCUGAAACACGACAUCUCCGAAGAAGAUUCAAAGGCAUCGUCGCCGGAUGCCACCCCCUGCGACAAUGGCAGCACAGUGAAAAGAGGCGGCGAGGGCGUCAAUGGUGGCCAAUCCUCCCCGAAGAGACCCAAGAAACCCUAA